GUUCUUGUCUGUGUGCAGGUCCGCCCUGGUACUAUUGGCGGGACUGAAAAGGACGAUGACCAUGAUUAUCACCCUCUGGUAAUUGAAUUGGUUGGUUGUCUAAGACGGAUGGACGGUGGUGGUAGUAAUGGUUGCACUUCGCGUUACUCAGUGAUGGUCGAACUGCUAUCGUGAUGGAAUAAUGAUUUCUGAUGCGUAUACGUCUCACCACGAGCCCCAGAGGUACGAUGAAAUAUGCGCCGGUCCAGGAAGCGGUUAUGGAAGUAACGACUCGUUCGGAGGAGGUCCAGAUACGUACCGGAAGAGUGCGCCGCCCCUGGCGGAAUACCGCGAGCAAAGGGGCGCGCCACCCUUCCAACAGCCGGGAGCGGUCCUAAUGGUAUAUGGCCUCGAUCCUUUACGUACCAAUUGUGAUAAGCUUUUUAAUCUAAUGUGUUUGUAUGGGAAUGUGGCUCGGAUAAAAUUCUUGAAAUCCAAAGAGGGCACCGCGAUGGUACAAAUGGGUGACGGGGUUGCGGUGGAAAGGUGUGUUCAAAAUCUAAACAACGUGGUUGUGGGGCUGACGGGGGCCGCGCCCCUCAAUCAUAAAUUGUCAAAAGAGGACGAGAACAAUCUGAGAAACUCGCAGGGCGAGCACAAACUCCAGCUCGCCUUCAGCAAACAGCCGUACCUUAGCGAGGUCACAAACCCCUAUCCGCUACCCGACAAGUCGCCCUCAUACAAAGAGUACAUCAAUAAUAAGAAUAAUCGAUUUAUGAAUCCAACGAUGGCAAGCAAAAAUCGUAUUCAACCACCCAGUAAGAUUCUACAUUUCUUCAACACCCCGCCACAAGUCACGCAAGACGAACUGGUUCAGGUAUUCAAAGAUUAUGACGUAGUUCCGCCAAAAGCUGUUCGACUGUUUCCGAUGAAGUCGGAAAGAUCGAGUUCGGGACUUCUCGAAUUCGAGACCACAAGCGACGCCGUUGCGGCCGUGAUGGCCUGUAAUCAUGCCGCAAUCGACAGUCCAGGAACCAAGUUCCCUUUCAUAAUGAAGUUGUGCUUUUCUUCGUCGCGCACAAUGUCGAUUAGGAAUGGCGACAACAACAUGCAAGCAAACGGAUCUAGUGAUCAGCGUCGCAUGGACCAGGACCAACAGUAAUAUCCCGAGUCUCCCCAUUAUCUAUCUAAAUAAUAACAAAAAAAAAGAACAGACAUAUCCUCGUCCAAACGCAUUAUUAUUAUUAUUAUUAAUUAUUAUUAUUCAUGUAAUUAUAAUCUCAUCACCGUGCAAAAUUCCCCCCCCUCCACACACACACACGCCCGCCCGCCCGCAAACGUAUUGUUGAUUACUUGUUAUACAUAUUUUUUUUGUUUUGCUUUUAUCUGUAAUUAAUUAUUACCUAUUACACCUAAUUACGUACCCACGGUAGGAAUUUCGCCUGAAAACAAUUGACGAUCGCGUCCCAGGAACGAACCAACGAACGGGAAUAAUAUGCAAGAAAUUUCGUCUACAUUCCACAAUUCUUUUUUCUUUCUUCUUUUUUUGUUUUUUUGGGUAAAACGAAACUAAAAAAAUAAGUGUCAAAUGUAGAGCGCUUUUUGCGACACACUGUAUCAUUCCCGGUUCGUAGCAACACCUGUUAAUUACCGGGACGUAUUCCCUGAUGAUCAAGCCGCAGGCUCCGGACGAAAUAGUGUCGUUGAUGGAUGAUGGGACUUUUUUUUUGUUUUGUUUUUUUCGUUUUUUAUUAUUUCAUUAUUAGUUAGUUAGUUAGUUAGUUAGUUAGUUAC